CGAGACGCGACGUCCUUCGUGCUCGGAUGCGUCAGCAUCGUGGCGUGGGGGGUGGCGGAGCUGCCGCAGAUUGUGGCGAACUGGCGAAACCGGAGCAGCGAGGGGGUCUCCCUGGCGUUCAUCGCCACGUGGCUCACCGGCGACGCCUUCAACCUCGUCGGGUGCGCGGUGUCCCCAACCUUACCCACGCAGCUGUACACCGCGAUGCUCUACACGUCCACCACCGUCGUGCUCGUCGUGCAGCACCUGCACUACAACAACCGCAAGAGGGAGACGGAAGGCGCCGAGGACGUCCACGGGCGAUCGCCCCGCCUCGGCGACAUCGAGAACGGCGAAUGCGACGUCUGGAACGACGACGCGGCGCGCGGGACGGACGCGAGGCCGCUGCUGGGUCGCCAUCGCCGCGACGCGAGCGGCGACGCCAGCGACGACGAGAACAAAUCCUCCGCAUCCGCCGCCGCGUUCGAAUCGGCGUCUAGAAGGUUACUGGAGACGUCGUCCGAGUUCAUCAGGGCGCCGCUGGUGAGAGCCCCGACGUGGCUCGGACCCGCGCUGGGCUGGACGAUGACCGCCAUCUACCUCUCCGGCAGGGUGCCGCAGAUUGCGCGGAACCACGCGAGGGGCAGCGUGGAAGGUUUGAGCGUCUCCAUGUUCGCGCUCGCCGUCGUCGGCAACGCGACGUACUUGGGGAGCAUCCUCGCGAGGUCCACGCGUUGGGUCACCAUCGCGCCGAACAUGCCGUGGAUCGUGGACGCGGGAAUGUGCCUGGCGAUGGACGCGGUGAUACUGGCGCAGAGCGCGUGGUAC